GCGGUAUAAUGACCUUACCAGAAUGGGAAGAGCAGGGGUAUCAUUUUGCAGGGAUGCUGAUAACAUUUUCCUUUGCCUGGCUUGGAAUCUGCGUUGCUAUCACAGUUGAAAAAUGCAGUCCAAAAGCAACCUCUUGUCUGAAUCUAUUCGCCGGAGGAGUGUUGUUUGCCGGCGGGAUGAUCCACUUGCUGAGUGACUCUCUGAUAAUCUUACGACGGCACUCUGAAGAACAUGGCCAGUUGCUGGCUCUGAUCCUCACUAGCACUACCUACAUCUUCCUGUUCAUCUUACAUGUAUCUGUCACCGGAUACUUUGGAGAGAAGCUGCACAGGAAGCAGAAGAAAACAGAUGAGAUCCAACUGAUACCAGAUAAUGACAGUGAAGAUGAAAACACGGAGCCUUCACAAACAAACAGGCAUACCGACGAGGGUGAUAUUUUCAUCGCUUCACUCCAGAAAUCAGGUCUUAGAUCUUCAGCUUUACUGAUGGGAGUUCUCAGUAUACAUUCUUUCCUUGCGGGCGUAGCUUUUGGGAGUCAGCCCGAUCCUGCUGAGGAAUUUAAAAUUAUGAUCCCGAUAUCUGCUCACAAAUCUCUGGCAGCCAUGGCCCUAACACUUACCUUCAGAGGUGCAAAAAUAAAGAAAUUCAACAUGUUUAUACUUCUGCUCAUUUUUAGUUGCAGUACUCCCACUGGUACAUUACUGGGUAUGAUAGUAAGUUCUCAAGUCAAAUCCUCCCUCUGGUCUGGUAUUUGUCUCUCCAUUGCUGCAGGAACGUUUAUAUUUGUCACAAUAAACGACAUCAUACCUGACGAGAUAGUACGAGAUACAGAACUAAUGGUUCCUAAAUGCUUUUCUCUUGUCCUGGGGUUCAUUCUCAUGACUCUUCUUGCUCUGUGGAUCUGAUAAAUAUGUUAGUUAUUGAAUCAUAGGUAUAAUUAUUACAUAUUUGAUGAUUUAUUCACCACGGUGGUCCUUGUGGAACUGAUAGUGAAGCUGGGAGGAAUAAAAUAAUUGUUGAGUGUGACCUGUCGUGUAGCUGUGAACAGCGGCUUUACAAUUAUUUAAAUGGUAAUAUUUACUGUUAGAUAUGACAAGUUACUACACAUUACGGACAAUGAUUAACUUCCGGGGUUACAUUAGAGUGAAGAUAUAUUAUAUACAUUAUACAUGAUAUUAAUUGGGGAUAUGUUUUACAUAUGUUAGGGUUAUUAGCUUUAUACUUAAAACAAUUAUCGUAUAACUAAUUAUUCGAUUAUUUUCAAGAAUUGGAAAAUACUUGCGACCCGUGUCGUAUCCGUGCAUGUGAUUAAAAUAUUUAAUAUGGCUGAAAUUUAAAUUGAUAAUAUUGAUUAAUCUACAUUUACUUAAAUUUGUUAUUUGCUACAUCGUUCAUAUAUCAGUAAAAUAAACCGUCCUUAGCUAUUUGAACAUUAUUUUAUUUCAUGAUUUAAUGAUGAUUAAUGAUGAUUAACGAUGAUUGAACAUUUUGAAAAUUGAUGAAUUAUUAUGAAUUUCUUUUAUUACGACGGUCACGGAGCAUGGUUUUGUUUUAUUUAAACUGCUAUUCUGAAAUAUUAAGAUUAAGAUUAUUGUGAUCAUUAUUGAUUUGAAGAAUGAUUUAAGUUAUUUGAGCUAUGUUUAUUACCUAAUUUUAUUUUAAGAUACUUGGAAUUAAGUGCUCAUAAAAACUGUAACCGUGUUUUCACAAUCUAAAACAUGCUUAUUAACUGUUUCAAAAAUUCUUAGCGAAAAAAAUGUGGAUUAUAAUGCAGAAACAGGCCGACAAUUUUCAGUAAUAUCCUUAAAUAGCAUCCAAUAUUUCUGGGCCGAUAAACUGAGAAUCACAAAUUUAGUUUAAAUCAUAAAUAAUUUGAUCAUACUAAGUCACACAAUUUAAGGAUACAGUAUGCCUUCCAGAUUUGAGUUUGGAUGAGUUAAUAAAUUUUGCGUAAGAUAUAAGGUUGUAAAAGUGCGGUUGCAGAACAUUUAGUUGAUAUUAGACACUUUUUGAAUUUGUAUCCUUAUCGAUAACUAGGUUGCAUUUUCAUGUUAUUUUCCAUUAUAUGAUACAACUUUGUGAUGUUAUUUCAAUUUGAUUCUAUGCUAACUAAUAGAUAACUUUAAAUAGCAGUUACUGAUCAAUAAUAUUUAACAUGAUAUUAAAGUGAUUUUAGUUACAUUACAUGAUUUUGGUUACAUUAGCAUGAUUAAGAUAUUUAAUAUUCCGUUUCUUGGUUAUGUCAUAUUUAAUAUUUCAUUUUUGUUUACUUUACAUCAGAAGAGUAAAUAUUUUCCCGAAUUUUCC